AUGAAACACCUCACCUCUGCACCCUGGGCUGCCCUGGCCCUCGGCCUGGUCUUUGCCUCCUUCCACUUGGCUUGCUUGGCAGAAGCGAGGAACAGCGACAACACCACCUUGACCACCCACCACCCAGACCCCGGAAGCCUGGAGCAGUGCCCCAACGUGGAUUUCUGUCCCCAAGCGGCUCGGUGUUGCCACACCGGAGUGGACGAAUACGGCUGGAUCGCGGCCGCCGUGGGCUGGAGCCUGUGGUUCCUCACCCUCAUCCUGCUCUGCGUGGACAAACUGAUGAAGCUCACUCCAGAUGAGCCCAAGGAUUUGCAAGCAUGAGCCCCGAGAAUGUCAGUGGCCACCAAACUGUGGGUCACCGCGGGGGGAGGGGGGAGUGGUCAUGUGGUUUCUAACCAGUU